AGUUUUUUUGAAUGGUACAAGUUUUUAUAAACGUUUGUGUGAAGCAAAGAAGAGGAGAGAUGGCGUCCACAAAACAAAAGAUGAGCAAAAACAAGGACGAUGCGCCCUGUGAAUUGGAGAGCCAGUGCAUACUCCGACUGCCUCCGGAAUAUGCUUCUACUGUACGGAGGGCAGUCCAGUCCGGAAGUGUUGCCCUGAAGGACCGGCUCACCAUUGAGUUGCAUGCAGAUGGGCGCCAUGGGAUCGUGCGUGUUGACCGUGUCCCGUUAGCUGCCAAGCUGGUGGACUUGCCUUGCAUCAUAGAGAGCCUAAAAACCAUUGAUAAGAAAACUUUCUAUAAGACGGCAGAUGUUUGUCAGUACAUCGAGUCUCCCGAUGUGGAGAAGGAAGUGAAGCGCCUGCUGAGCACGGAUGCUGAAGCCGUCAGUGUCCGCUGGGAAAUCAUUGCAGAAGAUGAAACAAAAGAAGCAGACCACCAUGGUUCCCUCACAGGCUUGGAUAUUUCUUCCCCGGGGAUGUCCGGACACAAGCAGGGCCACGGUUCAUCAGAACAUGAUGAACUCAGAGAGAUAUUUAAUGACAUCAGUAGCAGCAGUGAAGAUGAAGACGAGAGGGAUCACCAUGACGAUGAAGACCUAAACAUCAUGGAUACGGAGGAAGAUCUGGAGAGGAGGUUGCAAGGCAAGCUGAAUGAAUCAGAUGGACAGCAGCAAGAAAACGAAGGGACCAACCAGAUAGCCCUGGGGAUCCAGAAGCAGAUCGACAAUCUGAAAGACACGCUUCAAGAGACUCAGGAGCGCAGGAAGCGCCAAGAAGAUCUCAUUAUGAGGGUAGAGAACCUGGCUCUCAAGACCCGUCUCCAAGCUGUGCUGGAUGAGUUCAAACAGCAAGAAGAGCGUGAGAAGCAGGAGUUGGCCUCUCUUCAGGAGCAGCUGGAAGCCCUUAUGGAGAAGUGAAGCUGGGCCUGAAACCGCCCCCCCCCCCCGGGGUAGCACCAGAGGCUGUGUCAUCUAGAAAGUUCUGGAACCUUCCUUUGAACUGAAGAUCGCCAAACAGAACUCAACAGCAUUCCAUGACUGACCAGCAGGCUCCUGUUCGUGGUUUGCCUUCUUUCAGGAGCCGGCUGGUGUCUUUAUGGCCACUGAUAAAAAAAUGCAGAUGCCAGUGAAAAUGGGAAUUCCCCUUGAGAGAGAGUCAUGUGGUUUGUGUUCACUACUGAAAGGGGAAAUGUCGUUAUAAGCAUCUUGGUCUCUAAAAACACCUACUUUUUCCACUUACAAAUGAGCUAAAAUGCAGCAUUUAUUGUUUUCAGCUAGUUGCCCUUUUGCAGCCACAUGACUUGAGUUGUCAUCUAGAGGAGUGGGCAGCCCAGGGGGCUCACCUUCUUCUUAUCAAUAAAUACACGUUUGCAAAAGAAGAGGCGUGAUUUCACUGGUAUAAUUCCAUAUUCGCCUGUACAAAAUAAAAGUGAGUAAAGUUG